UUGGUGGCUCCGGAAGGUCAUGGCGCUUGCUAUGUUUUUGUCCGAGACCAGGCCCAGGCCACGGACUUGGGAAGCCAGCCCUUCGGAACACAAGAAAUGGGUGGAAGUAUUUAAAGCAUGCGACGAAGAUAACAAAGGCUAUCUAAGCAGAGAGGACUUUAAAGUUGCUGUUGUAAUGCUGUUCGGGUACAAGCCCUCCAAGAUAGAAGUGGAUUCUGUGAUGUCUUCAAUAAAUCCAAGUACUUCCGGUAUAUUGCUUGAGGGUUUUUUAAAUAUUGUAAGGAAAAAGAAGGAAGCUCAAGUCUAUCGAAAUGAAAUACGACACAUCUUCACCGCCUUUGACGUGCACUAUCGUGGAUUUUUAACUUUGGAAGAUUUCAAAAAAGCAUUCAAGCUGGUGGCUCCCAAAUUACCAGAAAGGACUGUUCUUGAAGUAUUCAGGGAAGUAGAUCGAGACUCAGAUGGUCACGUCAGCUUUAGAGACUUCGAAUAUGCCAUGAACUAUGGACAAGAUGAAGCCUAACUAUUGUGAACUACUUUUGGCAAUUCUGGGGUAAUCAAUCCACAGAUGUGUUUAAAGGUUAAAAAAAAAAAAAAAAACUCCACUCUGCUAAUGACGUAAUGCUGCAUCCUUGUGACUAAAUCUUAAUCAUAAAUUUUGGGUGCUGAUGACCAGCUUGCACCAGGAGUCUCCUGCCUUCUGUAUGGCCACCAGCCAAGUCAGGCCACCACAGCUAGCAUGACUACCCCGUCACGC